CGGAGUCGCGCCGCAGAGAAAGGUAUCAAGUUUCUUCAAGUCAGUUAGCAUUAAGCUAAGCUAGUCCUCCAUCAUUGAAACCAGCGGAGAGUAUUAAUAAACUGAGCCGCCUCUGGUUCUUAUGGUGGUUUUUACCGACCUUCAACGCGGUGUUUAGGCGGUUAUCAUCCCGGGUGUUCCGGGCUUGGUUUGUAAGCGUGCCGGUUCGUCUUUGUGGAGAACUUGAUUAGAGGUGAAGUGAGGCGGCGUCAUGGCAGAGGGAGCGGACUGCGGCUCAGUCAACGCCGCGAAGAGGAAACAACUAGCGGGGAGGAAGAGCCGGCAGAGCCAGCAGAAGAAGACCUCCAGCAGCCGGGUGAGCUUGGAGAAAGUUCUGGGUAUCACAACGGGCAGCAGCAGUGGUUUGACCUGUGACCCCAACUCUGGGCUCAUCGCCUACCCUGCAGGGUGUGUCAUUGUGCUGCUUCACCCGAAGAGGAACACACAGAGCCACAUCAUCAACUCGUCCAGAAAACCCUUCAGUGCUCUGGCUUUCUCCCAUGAUGGAAAAUACCUGGUCACUGGUGAGAGUGGUCACAUACCCUCUGUGCGGGUGUGGGAGGUGGGUGGAGGUCAGGUGGCGGAGGUUCAGUCUCAUAAAUACGGAGUUUCCUGUGUGGCGUUCUCCACCAACAGCUGUUACAUCGUCUCCGUGGGAUACCAACAUGACAUGACUGUCAGUGUGUGGGACUGGAGGAAAGGUUCGAUCAUCGCUUCCAACAAGGUGUCCAGCAGAGUUUUCGCUGUCUCCUUCUCUCAGGACAACAGCUACUUUGUCACCGCAGGAAACAGACACGUCAAGUUCUGGUACCUGGACGCAUCCAAAGAACGACGGGUGAACAGUACGGUGCCUCUGAUUGGUCGGUCAGGGUUGCUAGGCGACCAUAAAAACAGCGUGUUCAGUGGGGUGACAUGUGGCCGUGGCCUCAUGGCGUCCAGCACCUAUUGCAUCACCAGCUCUGGCCUGCUGUGUCUUUUCAACAGCAGCCGACAGUUGGAGGCCUGGGUCAACCUCAAGACGUCGUCGGCCAGUUGUCUCGCCGUGAGCGAGGACUUUAUCUUCUGUGGUUGUGCUGACGGUCUCAUCAGAGUGUUCAGUCCAUCCAACCUGCAGUACAUCACCACCCUGCACCGACCUCACCGGCUGGGCGUCGACCUCACUCAGAGUGCACAGCACGGCCUGUUACCUGCCAGUCCAGGUGCUCAGUACCCUGACACACUGGCUCUGACCUUUGACCCCACUGCCAAACACCUGACCUGCGUGUACAACGACCACAGUCUGUAUGUGUGGGAUGUUAAAGACGUGAGGAACGUGGGGAAACUGUACUCGGCCCUGUACCACAGCAGCUGUGUGUGGAGCGCAGAGGUGUAUCCAGAGCUGUCAGACGCGUCUCAGGCCUGUCUGCCUCCGUCCUCCUUCCUCACCUGCUCGUCUGAUAACACCAUCAGACUGUGGCACACUGACCCCCCCACCAUACACAGGAACCUCUACAGCAACGACCUGCUGAAGAUUUUGUAUGUUGGGGAGAACACACAGCACCUGCUGGCAGAGGGGGAGAGGGGGGAGGCAGCAGGGGCUGAUGGGAAGGCUGGGAUCAGAGUGCUAGGUAUCAGCCCUGAUGGACAACACCUGGCAGCUGGAGACCGCUGCGGAAACCUGCGGAUCUUUGGUCUGGAGUUUCUGGAUGAGUUGGUGAAGAUAGAGGCGCAUGACUCUGAGGUGUUGUGUCUGGAGUUCUCACCCACAUCCACAGGUGUGAAGCUGUUGGCGUCGGCCAGUAGGGAUCGACUAAUCCACAUCUUCAACCUGGAGAAGAACUACAGUCUGGAACAGACUCUGAACGACCACUCGGCCUCCAUCACUGCUGUCAAGUUCGCAGGUGAGAGUCCAGAGGUUCGAAUGGUGAGCUGUGGAGCUGACAAGAGCAUCUACUUCCAGACAGCUGAGAAGACAGAGGAGGGUCUGUCAUUCUCCAGGAGCCACCACUUGGUAGAGAAGACAACGCUGUAUGACAUGGACCUGGACUCCUCAAGGACGCACGUCGCCAUCGCCUGUCAGGACCGAAACGUCAGGGUUUACAACGUGGAAACUGGGAAGCUGAAGAAGUGUUUGAAAGGCUCCUCCAGUGAUGAAGGAGCUCUGCUCAAGGUUCAGAUGGAUGUGUCUGGGAGUUUCUUUGCCACUAGCUGCUCUGAUAAAAACAUCAGCAUCUUCGAUUACGAGUCAGGAGAGUGUGUCGCCACCCUCUUUGGACAUUCAGAGAUCGUCACCUGUAUGAGGUUCAGCCAGGACUGCAGACACCUCAUCACUGCCUCAGGAGACAGUUGCGUGUUUGUGUGGACGCUAGACUCUCAGAUGACAGCCACUAUGAGGAAGAGGCGGGGUGUCAGACUGAAAGGCGCACCUGAAACCUGCAGCCGCAAACAGCUCGACAUCAGGAGGGAGACCUUCAUCACUGUUCCCUCCUCUCAGAUGGAGGAGGAGGAGGAGGAGGAGGAGGGAGAGGCGGACCUCAGUACUCCAGCCAGACUGCAGUCUGCUCACGAGGCUCAGCUGCUUCAGACCAAUGGAAAACUUCCUAUGUGGUUCAGAAAACUGCAGGGUGAGGGUGGAGCCUCGUUGAUCGUUCAAUCAGGUACUGAGCCUCGUCAGGUACGGAGUCGGUGGACAGAGCAGCUGAACCCUCUGACUAUCUGCUCCAACUUCUCCCCAAGUCCCACCAAGGAAGAAGAAGAAGAGCAGAGGGACGAGGAGGAGGACGAAGACUUCCACCCUCAGAGUCUGGAGAGUAUGCUGGGGGAGGGAGAGGAAAAGGAGGUGCUGCAGACUGCAGGUGAGGACAGGAGCAGCUACAUCCUCUACCCCAGUACAACCACUGACAGUGUUGCUGUUUCUUUCAGGGAGUUUGAUGUUGAAGCUGUGACUGACCCUCGGCGGUCUCUGACCCAGCUGGAGGUCAGAGGUCAGGGGGCGGAGCCAGUGUGGAGUACUCAGCUGAGUCCAGACUCUGCCUGCUCUGAGGGGUCUGCAGGAAGUCAGGAACAGCAGCAUGAUGCUGACACAGACUCUCUGAGUCAGGGCAGCUCUGUGGGCUCUUUGGGUCUGGAGGACGACGAGGACAGAAACUCUCUGAAGAACCACUUUGAUACUCUGGCCUCCAGUCUGAACGAAGAGAGGUUUGACACUGACCUGAGGACUCUGCAGCCUCCGGAGGAAAAACACUUCCUGAACCCUCGACUUAGCAUCUCCACCCGCUUCCUAUCCCGCUUCCAGGACAGAAUCAGGGUGUGGCCAAGUCGAACUCCAGCCCCCGUAUCCAUCCCGACCAGGAUCUCAGAGGAGAAUGACAUCAGCAACACAUCGAUGAACUUGGAGUCGAGCAGCAACGUGAGAUCAGCAGAGUCGACUCAGAAAGAAAGCAGCGGCGGUGGCGGUGUGAGAUGCAGCCAUUCCAUCCUCCGUAGAAGAGCUUCCUGUAUGAUAUCCCAUCAGCCCUCUCGCCGCCCCACACGCAGACGACACACUGUGGUGGUCGUCCAGUGCAGAGAAACACUGGGAGACGUCAGCUCCAGGGCACUGACAGCCCACAACAGCAGCGUGACGUCUGCAGUCCAGCAAGGGCCGCUGCGGCUCGGAUACCUGGGAACCACAGCCAGCUCCAGGGCCAAAGUGAGCCAGGACCCCUCCACCUCCGUGGAGGAGGACAAGGAAAAUCUGUCGUCCUCUUCAGAACCCCAGCCUCCUGCCCCCCUGCUGGCUGAAUCUGACCCCCUUCAGGAACAGACCAGCAGUGACGCUCUGUCGUAUCAGAGCUCUCAGCUGUGUGUACCUGCAGCGAGCCCUCAGGUGUUGACCACACCCACUGAGGCGAUGUCACCGGGUCGAGCUGGGAGGUUGCGCACCAGCAGCGUCGAGGAGACGCCAACCAAUCAAAGCCAAACGCUAACCACCUCGGCCUUGGACAUCACCACCUGCUCUACCUCCAGGCAGGCGGACAGUCCAGGACAGACCAAGACCAGAGUGCAAACUGAUACAGGAGCAGGUGAUGAUGACGAGUCUCUCAGUCUGCAGCAGUGUCAGCAGGUCGCCAACGAGCUGAGACAGACGGCGAGACGAGCCGUACACCUGUACCAACAGCUCGGUGCCUCGCCCAGCGCUGCAGAGCGGCGUCUUCAGAUGUUGUCCGUCCUGCAGGAGGCUGUUGAUUUUGUUCACACUGAGCUGCAGGUCGUCCUGCAGGGAGACGGGCGGGGCAGCAGCACCCCCUCUGCUGAACUGGGGGAUGACAGGACGAUGUCUCUGCUGGAGAAAUACUCGGAGCUGCUGGUUCAGAUGACCCAGAAAAAACUGAACCAAACCUGAUCCAAGACCAAGGAAUCUUGUGCAUGUGUAUGGAGGCUGAGAGAGGACACAAUUCACAUCAUCAACGUCAACCUGAGUGACAGAGUGCUGCUGUUCAUUCAGCGUCAAUUAACAACUGAUUCAACAACUGACAGAUUUUAAAACAUCAGUAUUAAAUUUUAAAGCACCUUAUGUUUAUGUUUUAUGGCAGAGAACUGUUUUGUGUUUUAAAUCACUGUGUUUGUACAUAAACAGCAGCUUUAUAUGUUUCUUAAUAAAUGUUUAAUAUCUCAUAGAA